AUGAUAACUAUUAUUAUAACGAUACCAGUAAAUGGACAAUCAACGAAAAUAUUGCGAUCACGACAAAUCAGUCUUUCUGGACAAGUGCUAUCGAGACUUUUCUCCGAUUACGAUCCACAAACUCGUCCACCUGUUAGAGAUUCGGUGGAACACUCUGCAAUUGCUGUUAUUGUAUCAAUUUUUAUCAAUCGAAUUUCAUUUAAUGAACAAGAAGCGAUUGUUGAUUUAUACUUACGUCAAGAAUGGGAAGAUGCACGAUUAGUAUAUGAAGUAGAUCGAGAUGGUAUUGAAGAGAUUACUGUGCCUGAAAAUCAACCUAUUUGGUUACCUGAUACAUACUUUUCGAAUGGUCGAGAUGUUCAGUAUGAGAAUCGCCGUCGAAUAGUAAUUGAACCUAAUGGAUAUAUUCGAUCUUCUGAAAUGCGUACUGUAACAAUAUCUGCAGAAUAUGGUCCAAAGUAUCCAUUUGACAAUACUCGCAUGUUCAAGCUUAGAUUAUCGAGUUAUGUGUAUCCAAUCGAAGAUAUCGUCUAUUUAUGGGCAAAUUCUCCACCAGCUGUGGUACCAACUGAGGUAUCACAUGAAUUAUUAAAUGGUCCAUACGAAUUUAAAGAAGCAGUAGCUGAGGACUGCGUUGGAAAUUAUACUGUUGGUGUUUAUUCAUGUAUUGAUGUCCUAGUAACAUUCGAAGGUUCUACAUCAGAAGUUAUAUGGCGCAUUAUCAUUCCAUCAGCAGUACUGUUAUUAGCGUCAUGGCUUCAUUUUUGGGUGCAUGGGUCAUGGUCAGUACCGCGAACAAUCAGUGCUGCAGUACCUUUUUUCAUCUUUGUUAUAAUAAUGAUGUUUUAUUCACAGUCUUAUCUAUCAAUGCAUAGUGGUAAGAGUAUGCAAAUAUGGCUCAUAUUUUGCCUUAUCUUAACAUUUGCAUCACUGGUUGAAUAUUUCAUGGUUAUUUGUUGCGGAAUUAGACGAACAAUUCGAUACAAUAACAAGAAAAUGCUAAAAGAUGAUGAAUCUCCGCUAACUGUUACCAGAGAAGCAGUCGAAGUAGCGUAUGAUACAAAAUGUGCAAACUUUAAGCAAAACCAUGGAAUUGAUCUUGUCUCACGGAUUCUCUUUCCACUCAUCUUUAUUACCUUUUUCAUCAUCUUUUGCAUUUCUUACUUGCUAUGA